CCACCCCGGCCCGGAGCCCGCGUCCCCGGCCCGCGCCCCUCCCCAGCCGGGCCCCGCCGCGCCCCCCGCUCUGAACCCGAGGCACCACCGUGGAGCUCCGGCGCUGCCGCCCCGAAACUUUCACGGCGAGCGGGAAAUAUGGGAUGUAUAAAAUCAAAAGGGAAAUCCAAUCUGAAUGGCGAUGAAAUAGAUUUGAAGACUCAACCAGUACGUAAUACUGACCGAACUAUUUAUGUGAGAGACCCAACGUCCAAUAAGCAGCCAAGGCCAGUUCCAGAAUCUCAGCUUUUACCAGGACAGAGGUUUCAAGCUAAAGAUCCAGAGGAACAAGGGGACAUCGUAGUGGCCUUGUACCCGUACGAUGGCAUCCACCCGGAUGACUUGUCUUUCAAGAAGGGAGAGAAGAUGAGAGUCCUUGAGGAACAUGGAGAGUGGUGGAAAGCUAAGUCCCUUUCAACCAAGAGAGAAGGCUUCAUUCCCAGCAACUACGUGGCCAAGGUCAACACCCUGGAAACGGAAGAGUGGUUUUUCAAGGACAUAACCAGGAAAGAUGCAGAACGGCAGCUGCUGGCACCAGGGAACAGCCCGGGUGCAUUUCUCAUCAGAGAAAGUGAAACCUUAAAAGGAAGCUUCUCUCUGUCUGUCAGAGAUUUUGAUCCUAUGCAUGGUGAUGUUAUUAAGCACUACAAAAUUCGAAGUCUGGACAAUGGAGGUUAUUACAUCUCUCCACGAAUUACUUUUCCCUGUAUCAGUGACAUGAUUAAGCAUUACCAAAAGCAGGCAGAUGGCCUGUGCAGGAGACUGGAGAAGGCAUGUAUCAGUCCCAAACCGCAGAAACCGUGGGAUAAAGACGCCUGGGAAAUCCCCCGCGAGUCCAUAAAGCUGGUGAAGAAGCUCGGUGCAGGACAGUUUGGGGAAGUCUGGAUGGGUUACUACAACAACAGCACGAAGGUGGCUGUGAAGACCCUGAAGCCAGGCACAAUGUCUGUGCAAGCCUUCCUCGAGGAAGCCAAUCUUAUGAAGACGCUGCAGCACGACAAGCUAGUGAGACUGUAUGCGGUGGUCACCAAGGAAGAACCUAUCUACAUCAUCACCGAGUACAUGGCCAAGGGCAGUUUGCUGGACUUCCUCAAGAGUGACGAAGGAGGCAAAGUGCUGCUCCCAAAGCUCAUUGACUUUUCUGCCCAGAUUGCAGAGGGCAUGGCCUACAUAGAGCGGAAGAACUACAUUCACCGCGACCUGCGAGCGGCUAACGUCCUGGUCUCGGAGUCACUCAUGUGCAAGAUUGCAGAUUUUGGCCUCGCUAGAGUAAUCGAAGACAACGAAUACACAGCACGGGAAGGUGCCAAGUUCCCUAUUAAGUGGACCGCUCCGGAAGCAAUCAACUUCGGAUGUUUCACCAUCAAGUCCGACGUGUGGUCCUUUGGAAUUCUCCUGUAUGAAAUUGUCACCUAUGGGAAGAUUCCCUAUCCAGGGAGAACCAAUGCGGACGUAAUGACCGCUCUGUCCCAGGGCUACCGGAUGCCCCGCAUGGAGAACUGCCCAGAGGAGCUCUAUGACAUCAUGAAAAUGUGCUGGAAGGAAAAGGCAGAGGAGAGGCCGACGUUUGAUUACCUACAGAGCGUCCUGGACGACUUCUACACGGCCACGGAGGGGCAGUACCAGCAGCAGCCCUAGCACCGGCGGACUCUCCAUCCUCCGGAGACGCUUGCCUGGCUAGCGGAGAAGAGUGGCCGUCCCUGGAGCUCCAGUUACCUCAUGUGCUAACCCAGCACCUCCGGCUCCCCAAAGUAGAGGCUCCAUUUCUCAGGAAGAGCAACCUGGCCCCAGGAAAGUCCUCCGUUCUCCUAGACUUACGGCCACUGGAAUGAGCCUGGAUUGCACCUCAUCUGAUCAUCUGGCUUUGUGCGACCAACAUCGAAUGCAACCUCUACAGAGGAAAACAUUCUCUCCAGCUGUGCUCCCGGCCUGGCCCAGUGUUCACACCCGGAAGUUUGACCCAAAGACCCAGAGUCUGUUGCAUCAAAUCUAUGAUAAUGGAAUUUAACUCAUUUAUAAAGCAAAAAAAAAAAAAAAAAAAAAAAAAAGAUAACCAGAUACGUAGCAUGACACUGCAUUUUCUCUAUGCUUUGACUUACUUUGAAAGAUUACUAACCCAACCUGUUCGAUUUUACAGGUGAGAUCAGCGUCUUAAAAUUGCCUCUCCCAGAUUCCAGUGUUUCUGUUUUAGGGGUGCUGUUUCCCACCUCUCACAAUCUAAGACCCUCAACACGCUCUGAUUAGUUUCACUGCUCAGGCGACAGCCAGACUGACACAUGUGGCCCUGUGGGAGCAUGGCUUGUGGCACAGGAAGGGGAGCCUGACCCCUGAGGGUGCGGCCCUCACCUCCCAGGGACUGAAGAGCCAGGAACCCCUCGGCCUCAGUGGAGUAUUUUUAACUGCCUAACCUUUGUAAUUCCGAGAUUAUUCACUUUGUUUUUUGACAGUGUCAUGUGGAAGAACAAGAAGAUUCUAAUCUCUGCAGAGCCUUUCAGGCCUUUUUCUAAAACAAGCAUUUUCUUUUCGCUUCCAGUGGUUUGAACAUUAUUUUAAGAAUCAGAUAUUAAUUUUAGCUACACUCUAGAGUAAAAAUGCCAUAUUUUGGGCUAUUUUUGUGAUUCAACAAUCUUUUCUAAAUUGUAUGAGAUCUGUGUGAGACUAUUUAUACCCAAGGAUAUGAAGAAAAUAAAGUCAGGCAGCUCCUUGAGCUGCUGUGAUGAGAGCUGA